GUGACGCGAGGCGAGGGGGGCUGGGGCUGGGGCAGGGGCUGGGGGAGGGAGAGCGAGCGAGCGAGCGAGGAAGGGAGGGAGGAUGAAUGGGAGCGAGGGGCAGUGGAAUGAAUGGGCGACGAGGUGGCGACAUUGAGUGACAUUUAGCGGGAGCAUGGAAUCCGGUGAGGUUAUGGAUGGUUGACGCCACCGUUCUUUCUCCAUCGCUUCUUGGGCGGGGAGGACAAGCGACGGGAGGACGGUGCGCGCAGUGUUGCACUUGGAGGUGGACGAUGCGUUGUGUACGUAAGUAGGAAGGAUGAUGAUGCGUGAGUGAGGGCAGUAGGUUCAGGGUAAGAGAGAAGGAGGGAAGAAAGAAAGCGACCGACGACUGUGUCGCAGUGGGGAGAGGGAGGAGCGAGGAAGUUAUGGUGAUGGAGACUUAGGGGGUUUGUGAAUUGUCGGCAGGGGUCUGGAUCGCGCGAUUCGGAUUUACAUCGGGACAGCGACAGCGACGGGCGAAGUGAUCGUAGACGGAUUCGGUUGUUGGUAGUUUGUCAGAGCAUGGGUGGAGAAUGAAGGUGGUACAGGUGAUGAUGGAUCAUGAAUCUAUAAGUGGAGGGGCGGAUGCUCCUCCUAAUUUCACCUUUGCUUUCAACGAUAGCAACUUUUCAGAUCGUGUUCUGCGGAUAGAAAUUGUGGCGGCCCCUCCCGAUUCUAAGUUGGACGUGGAAGGCUCCACUGCCGGAGCUGAUUGGGCUAGAGUAAAAAAGCGCCGGAGAGCCGACCGCAAUGGUGUCGAAGUGCUAGAUGGCGCGUCAAUGGCUGGAAUUACUACAGAUGGGCAGGAAGAGCAGGUUAUGAUUGGCAACCUUCAUGAUACAGAUGUAGAGGAAGAUGCAGAUGCAAUGGUAGAAGAAUUCUCUCCGCAAGCGAUGCAAUCAAGCCCUGGUUUGGAGGAAAACAUACAAGGCCAGCACUCUUGGAGUUCAACCACUGCUCCUGUCAUAAGGACAAGGAUAGUGCACAUCAGCUCCGCCAUUCUGGCAGCAAAGAGUCCUUUUUUUUUCAAGCUCUUUUCCAAUGGCAUGAGGGAAUCAGAGCAAAGGGAUGUCACUCUACGCAUCAGCGCAUCAGAGGAGACAGCCCUGAUGGACUUGCUGCAGUUCAUGUACAGUGGUGAAAUACAGGCUCAAAAACCGUCCACCGUAUUAGAUGUUCUCAUGGCAGCUGAUAAGUUCGAAGUGUCUGAAUGUAUGCGAUGCUGUAGUAAACGGCUCCGAAAGCUGCCUAUGACUCCAGAAUGCGCCUUGCUUUACUUGGAUCUGCCGUCUAGUGUCUUACUGGCCGAAGCAGUCCUACCUCUCACGGACGCAGCUCGACUAUACUUGGCUUCACGAUACAGAGAUAUUGGCAGAUUCACGGAAGAAGUAAUGAAUCUACCGCUCGCGGGUUUGGAGGCAGUUCUCUCAAGUGACGACCUCCAAGUAGCGUCGGAGGAUGCUGUGUAUGACUUCGCAUUAAAAUGGGCAAGAGCACAUUACAACAAAUUGGACGAGCGGAGAGACAUUCUUGGAUGCAGGCUAGUGUGGCUGAUUCGCUUCCCGAUGAUGUCAAGUAGAAAACUUCGUAAGGUUCUCACCUGCAAUGAUUUUGAGCACGAGCUCGCUUCCAAGCUAGUACUAGAGGCCCUAUUUUUUAGAGCGGAGGCUCCUCACCGACAACGGCAGCUCGCGAUGGAGGAGACGAUGCACAAAAGAUUCAGUGAGAGGGCCUACAAAUAUAGACCGGUCAAAGUGGUGGAGUUCGACGCACCUUUUCAACAGUGCAUCGUGUUCUUGGAUCUCAAGUUGGAGGAAUGUACAGCCCUGUGGCCUCAACAGCGGCUAUACUCACAGGCUUUUCACUUAGGUGGACAGGGAUUCUUUCUAUCUGCCCACUGCAACUUGGACCAGCAAGGGUCGUUUCGAUGUUUUGGACUCUUCCUAGGUAUGCAAGAGAAGGGGUCUGUGAGCUUCGCCGUAGAUUAUGAGUUUGCUGCCCGAAUGAAGCCGAAUUGGGAUUUUGUACCGAAGUCAAAAGGGAGCUACCUGUUCACGGGAGGAAAGGCCGUCGGUUAUCGGAAUCUGUUUGCUUUGACUUGGCAGCAAUUUGUGUCGGAAGACAGCCCGUAUUUUCACGACGGUGUUCUGCAUCUUCGAGCAGAGCUGACCAUCAAACCGAAGCUCACUUCGGUGCUACAAGGUUCUUGAGGGGUUGUAUGAGCUGGACGCCUUUUCUGGCGGAGCCGGUAACCUGCCAAUCAGGCUGUUGAUUUGGAGAUCUGCAUGGGAAAGGUGACGACAGACAGGAGGUGGGGUCAUGCCGCUAUAUGUGACGAUAUCUCAUGAGGCUUUCUCCUCUGCCCUGUUUUGCCUUAAUGUCCGCUGCUUCAGAGCUGCAUAUGUUGUGGGCCAAUCCGUUGUGAGUAGCGUCUGUUGUAAGGCGAUCUUGGACCAAAUUGCGUCCUUAGACUUCACCGCCCUUGAAUACUGGACAUUUUCUACAGAGAUAGUGCAUUCGGCAUUACUCCUGUGGCCCUCUUGGACUAUUUUCGAUUCUUGGAUCUCCUCACUGUCCUGGGAGAGUGGACUUUUCUUCUCAAAUAGUGCAUCAGGCAUUCAAGAGUGUUCAACUGUUGCGGCCCUUUCAGACUGGUCUGCCUAGACAAUCGGCAGGCGUGGUGGCAGUUCGACCAGGUGUGGACAUUUGCACUAACACAAGCUUGUACCAUGUGAGCAUCUCCAAAAGUGGGUUAAUGCCCAUCCAGUUAUGGGGUCACAUGCACAUUCGAUUCUGGAGAUGCAACACGGGGUGGAACACACAGAAACUCUGUAUCUUUAUUCGAAAACUGUUUACCCGUAGAUAAAGGUUCGGGGCAGUGAGCAGACAUUUUUCGAUUGUGAGUGGCUAAGCAGCCUUUCUCUGCACGGUAAGGAUAGGUAUCGGGGGUUUACCAAGAAGCUGUCAUAGCCUUCUCUUCUAGAUCUAGCUCCGUAGUCUCAUUGUACAGAUAAGACUGAUAUGUUUCGAGAUCGAGUCACUUGUCCGCACAGCUCUCAACUGACUCCCUGGGCUGUAUGAUUUGUCAACCGAAAUUUUAUGGAUUUUCUAUAUUUUAGGUACACUAUUGAUUCGACACUCGAAGGCAAGACGUAGUUGGAAGCAUGUGUCUACAUGUCUGCUUGUCUUGAAGAUAACAGCACUUCUGGCUCCUCUUAUUAUAGCGCGGAUGUUGUCGACGAGGCGGUUGCCUCCGCUCUACUGUAAUUUUUGAAUUACUUAUGCAGAGAACUUCCCUCCACAUCGUCUGUGACAAUGUUUUU